AUGAAGUGCAGUGCGUGCGGAAAGUUUAUGGCGGCGGCAGAGGGCGUUACGUGUCCUAAAUGCGAUAGAAAAUCACACAGGGCCUGCGUCAAAGUUCCUGGAGGUGUGCAGGUCCAACCUACUUGGUUGUGUCCGGACUGUAAAAUACGGACGCCCCGAAAGUCAGAUCAGAAUACGCCUGGGCGAGGACUUAAUUCCGAGAAUAUUAUCAAGCAAGGCGAAGAGAAACCCCAAAGCCCUGUGGCGCAAGGUUUCAAAGAGUCGGAACUAGCUCUUGAACUACGUAAAUUUAGAGAAGAACUGCGAGAAACUAGGGAAGAAUUUAGAUCUUUCCGACAGGAAAUGUUUGAUUUGCGUAAUUCCAUAAAAUCGUGUGAAGAACGCCUAGAUACAUUAGAAAACAAAUACAUCCGUCUUGAAGAACAACAAACCCUAAUUGAGUCCAAAAAUGUCUGCGGCAAAAUUCAGGAUCUCGAAACGAUUAUUGCGGACUUAAGAGCAGAUUUAAAUGAUUGA